AUGGAAGCCGAGGCGUUCCCGAUUCGGUUCACGAAGGGCAUCAGGUCCUACUGGCGCCGGUGCGACUACGACCCGCGCGUGGACGGCGGCGGUGGCGCGGCGGGCCGCGGCAGGCGCCGGCACGGCGGGCUGGUGCGCCUCGGGGACGGGGAUGGCAGCGGCGGGCCCAGGCCGUGGGCCGUGAAGAUCGGCGGCAUGUUCCGGCCGGCGCGCCGCGUCAGGGCGCCAGCGUCGGCGCCGGCCCCGUCCCCGGCGGCGACGACCGUGGCCAAGGCGCCCAUGCGCGUGCUCGGGCGGAUACGGGACGCCUACGUCGACGUGAUGCUGGGCGCGGCCAAGACGCGACCGGCCGUGGCGCGGGCGCUGCCCAGCGCGCCCGAGGCGCUGUGGCAGAAGCGGGUGCCCGUGCGCCGGUCCAGUAGCCAGCAGGCCCGGCAGAAGCCCGAUGAGUUCGGCCAGAGGCUCGUCAUGGAGAUGUACAAGUCCGUGAUCGCGUCCAGGAACCUCUCGGGCAUGCUCCGCGCGUCGGUGGCGCGAUAG